CCCCUCGAUCCGGGUAUCGCCGCCCCCUGGGCCGCGGCGGGAGAGCUGCGGGGAGCGAUCCCGCAGCCGGAGAGGCCCGUCGGAGAGCGCAGAGAUGUCUCACUUUGAAAAUAAAGGAUUGAUACUGGGCAUAAUGGCAGGGACUGCUGGAAUAAGCCUGGUCCUGGUUUGGUACCACAAGACCCGAAAACCCAGUGCAGCCGUGCACAUGCCUGUAUUCACAGAUGUAGGUAAUAAGCUUCAUGCUGUGGGUUUGGAACAUGAAGCUCAUAAUGAACAAGGAGCAGUCAUGGUUUUACAUGGAAGGCAACUACAGAUACUUGAAAAACUGAAUGGUUUGCUAAUAAGUGUGGAUGAACUGAAGAGAGAAGUGAAAUUUCUGAAAGAAGCAAUUCCAAAGCUGGAAGAUCUCGUUCGAGAUGAGCUGCAGGGGAGAGGGGAUAUACAGAGAGCUAGUCCAUUACACAGAGCAGUGAGGCGGAGGAAAGCAGAGGCAGCACCUGGUGCAACAGAAGCUACCAGCUCCGAGGAGGCGGAAAGUGAAGGAGGUUACCUUACAGCUCAUACUGAUACUGAAGGAGACUCUGAGGAAGAGAAGGGGUGUAAGAAGUCACCUGAUACCACUGUGCUGGAAGAUGAAUUAUUUAAUCUCCUACAGGAGGUGGACAGUUUGCACAAGGGUUCAGAGGAUGAUAAAAAGGAGAGCUUCAAAAUGCUACUUGAGAAAGAAGCCAAGUAUGAAAACAAUGUGGACUUCCUUUGGAGACUUGCACGCGCUUAUGGAGAUAUGUUUGAGAUGGCUACUGAUGCUGAGGAAAAGAAAAAAUAUGCUUCUGACGGAAAGGCUAAGGCUGAAAAGGCUGUCCAGUUAGAUGCCAUGAGUGCUGAGAGUCAUCAGUGGUUUGCAAUUAUGUGUGGCUAUAUGUCUCAGUUUGACAGUGUACAAAACAAAAUCAGGAAUGGUUAUCUCUUUAAGGAGCAUCUGGAUAAAGCAAUUGAACUUAAGCCUCAAGAUCCUCUUUUAUAUUACCUGAAUGGAAGAUGGUGCUAUUCAGUAGCUCAGUUGUCUUGGCUUGAAAAGAAAGUAGCUACUGCUCUUUUUGGGACUCCACCAACUUCAACAGUAGAAGAAGCACUGCAGAAUUUUCUUAAGGCAGAAGAAAUGCAUCCAGGAUAUUCUAAAUGCAACUAUGUGUAUUUGGCAAAGUGCUAUAAAGAUCUUGGCCAGAAAACCAAUGCACUGAAGUACUGUGAAUCUGCACAGUCAUUUCUCCCAGUUACUAACGAGGACAAAGAGGCCCAGAAAGACUUGGAGGAUUUACUUCUCACACUGAAGCUGUGAUACUGUGCACUUUUUAACUCUUCAUGCUGCGAUGAAAAUUUUAAAGUUCACUGAAAGUGGUUGUGUAUGGCAAGUGAAUUCCAGCUGAGUGGGUGGGAAUGGCCUUCAGGCAUCUGGCAAUUAUGUCAUGAAAAUGAUGCUUUCAUUUUUGAUUGAUUAUUUAUAAUCCAAUAUUGAAGAUUAAUUUUAGAUUGCUGACACUGUGAGUUCAGUUCUCUGAACAAUAAGUCCACUGCUGGCAAUGGACAUAAUGGGGAUUAGAAUGCAAAAUACGUAAAUCUUAUCUGAAUGAUUGAUCAGCUAAUUUGCGAUGCCAGCAUAAAACUGCAUGCAGCAAAGUCGAAAGCAAAACUGUUUCCAUAGUAAAUUAUAUUUAUAUCAAUUAAUAUAUGUGCAGGUAUGUACAAAAGGAGAUCACGAAUGUUUACGUUUACACAUUACUGUUAAAUAAUUAGAAUAUCGCUAAAGAGAAAGCUGUUGCUUCCACAAAAUACUUCUUACUUUAAACCUUCUACUGGUUUUACACAGAAAUGUGAAAGCUUUAUAAAUUAAAUAUAAAAGCUGUAUUUUAUUUGUAACAUCAGUGGGUACAAUAUUAAAAAUCAGACUGGUGAAAUUCAGUGUUUUAGAUGCAUCUAUUACAGCUGUGAUAUUUAAUGGCUUUAUUACAAGAUCUCCAUCAUGUUUGUGAAUUCUGGAUCUUUCUGUUUGAACAGCUGCCAAGUGUGGUGCUGAAAACCAAGUUUAAUGUGUGACUGCCAUUAACCUUGUAUCAUCUGCAUAACAUAACCUGUACAUAAAAACACACACUUUGAGCAUGUAGGACAACAGUGUUUUCAAUUAAAUGUAUCAGGCAGGGAGAUAAUUUUGUUCACAAAUGGACUGAUCCAGAAUUUACCCAACUGUGAAGAAAAAUAAAAGACCAAUUUUCAUUGGCUUUCAAUUCAGAGUCUUGGACUGGAUGUGGGAAGUAUAUCUGAAAGGAGUAAGUAUUUCUGUUAAAGGAAAUGAAGGAAAUAAAAUUGAAUAAGGACAACUUCA